UAGUCCUUCUUUACCUUGAUCAUCACAAUUAACUUUCCAAAAGGUGAUCAUCUUAUAACUGGUGGAGAAUUUUUUUCUUCUUCUUCUUCCUAAGUUUCUUCAUCUCUCUUUUUCUUUUCCUUCUUCUUUUAGUAUAUUUGGUAACGUGUACAUGUUGUUGGGGAGAAAAGAAAUUGUAUCAAAAAUCUUAAAAUUAAUGUGAACAAGUGAAUAGAAUUUAAAAUUAACCAUCGAUUGUUUUUCUCAUUUUUGCUCAUCACAAUUUAGAAAAGAAGAAAAAAAAAAUUCUUUUUUCUCUUUCUUUCUUUGUUCUAUUCUCUUUGUGAUAUUUGUCAUUUAAUUGAUUAUUCUUCCAUUAUGGUUACCUUAUUGUUACCUUCAAAUAGAACAUGGGAACCAUCACCAAGUUAUUCUUUGUUCUUAUUGGAAUCUGGUAAUUUUGUUCGUGAUAAUUUCAAUCAACUAGUGACCAAUUACUCUUUUCCUGAGGAUACAAUUAAAGAUUUAAAUAAGUGUUUAACUAACCUUGAUCGAUAUGAUUACAUUCUCAUGUUUGUCUUGGCCAUUUUUUGGACAAUUGUACGAAAUCUGUUGACCAGUCACAUUUUUAAGCCAAUUGCUCGUUAUUACAGGUUACCAAAGCAAGAAGGUGACAAGUUACCUGAAAGUGUAUGGAAAUUCAUGUUCUACCUUUCAACUUGGUGUUACACUGCAUAUAUUUUACUCUGGCAAUCAGGAACAAAUUACUUCUACAAACCAACCGAUGUUUGGAAAGAUUAUUCGAUGUCACUUGAUGUUCCAAAAGAUGUUUACGCCAUUUACUUAAUUGAAAUAAGCUUUUAUCUUCAUUCUCUUUAUGCAACCUUAUUUGUUGACCAUUGGAGACGCGACACUUUGGUCUUAAUGGGACAUCAUAUUGUUACCUCAUUGCUUCUUGUCUUCUCUCUCUCAAUCAGGUGCCAUCGAGCUGGUUUAAUUGCUAUAUUUCUUCAUGAUGCCUGUGACAUUGUCCUGGAAGGAACCAAAACUUGUCUCUAUUUUAAACGACAGAACAACAAGAAUAUCAAUUUCUUUGAGAUACUUGCGAACAUUGGUUUCUCCUUCUUUACCGUUACUUGGUUCGUCACUAGACUUUACUGGUUCCCAUUGAGAAAUAUUUUCAUCUCAUCAAUUUAUGUUCACCAGAAUGGGAUUCAAGUUCCAUUUCCACUUUUCCUUAAUUCACUUCUAUACAUUUUACUUACCAUGAAUCUCUACUGGUUCUCUUUCAUCAUUAAGCUUCUUUAUAAAGUUGUUACUGGUCAAGUUAAAGAGCUUGAAGAUAAUAGGGAAUAUGAACACGAUGAGUUCGAUGAACCAUCCGAGAAGAAAGAAACUAAAGAAAAGGUUAAAAGUGAGACUAAGCGAAAAUUAAAUGUAUCUUUUAGUAAAGACACAAGUUCAACUGAAUAUUUGUUACAUCAACGAAAAGAAGAUCAAAAUGGAGGAAGAUCAACAUAAUUAAUUGUAAUCAUUGGACAAAUAAUCAUACACGUUUUAUAAAUUACUUUGUUAUCUGUGGUCAUAAUUAUCAUCAAUCAUCAAUCAUCAUCAUCAUCAACUGUCGUUUAACCAUCAACAAUUUAAAUAAUACAUUUUAACCAGAAAAACCAGCAAAAUCAUGCCAACAAUCAACAAUCAACAUAUUUCAUAUUAUCAACAUUAUUUUGUGUUUAUGUUUUUUUACAUAAUUAUUAAUAUUAUUAUCAGAAACUACGAUUAAUAUUUUUACUUAAAAAAGGUGGGUUUUUGUAUUGAUUUGUUUCAAUUAUUUCAACCAAUUAAUCAGAUUCACUGAUAAAUGGUGAGACAAUUUAACAUUGUAAUAUUUACUUUCCAAUCUGUAUUUUUUUAAAUUUCUACUUAUUAAUAUGUUUAAAAAAGUUUCUUAAAUUAUUAUAUCAACUAAGAUUAACUAUCAAAAUAUUUUGUAAAAAAAAAGUCUCUCGAAAAAAAUUACUAAUUAAACGACAAAUCAGUUGACAACGAAGAAGAAUCAAA